GGAAGGAAUAGUGUGAAUCGCGUUUCCAUCUUCUCAUUCUAUACAUCUGAUUCAUGUUUUCUUGGUCUACGUUUCUUAGUUUGCUAAUUAUCACUAAUAAAAUAUUUUCCUAUGCUUUGUCAAUUAGAGAUGCACCUCCACAACAAUAUGGAUUCAUGUAUUCUAAAGAGAUUGAACGUUCACGAGAACGAUAUCAACUUAAACAUGAUGAAGCAGAUUUAAAUUCUUCAAUGUAUAUUUAUAAUUAUCAUAAUGAAGCAGAUGAUAUUCAUGUGGAAAUUAGUAUUUCUAAAAAGAGUUUAUCGUUUGUAGAUGAUUAUCAAAUUAAACCUGUUCUAUGCUUAAUAAACUAUACCAGUGUUGUACCUUUAGCUUUAUCUUAUGAUUUGGAUUUUACACUAUCUGCAGAAUUAGUCAAUCAAUCAUGGUAUUGGCUUCCACCAACACAAGAAGCUAGUACAAAUAUAUCAGUGUAUAUAUUACCAAAAUUAGUAGGAAUAGACUAUUUAAUAUUUUGGAUUCGUAAAGCUAAACCAAAAUAUGGAUAUGACAGCCCUACACCAUGGUUUGCCAACAAUACUGAAACGCUUAGAAAUCAAUAUUUUGAUAAUUUAAUGACUGACUAUCGAUCGGCCGUCUCUUUAUUUAAUAAUCAAGAUGUUAUUGAUGAUAACCAUGGAAAUAAUAAUACAUUAGGUUUUCCAGUGAUUGUAACCACAUAUAAAGGUAUUGGUCAUAUUAUUUUUCGUAUUUUUGUCAUAAUCAUGGUGACUAUAUUCACAUUUACAAUGGGUUGUGAUUUGGAAGUGGCUUUAUUGUUGCAGCAUUUUAAACGACCAAUUUCCAUAUCGAUUGGAUUCUUUUGUCAAUUCUUUUUUAUGCCAUUGAUUGCAUUCGGCAUUGUAAAAGCGAUACCAAUUCGAUCAGAGUUUGCUUUCGGUUUAUUGACAAUUGCUUGUUCUCCUGGCGGUGGUGCCAGUAAUGGUUGGAGUCUUUUACUGAAUGGUGAUAUUAAUUUGAGUAUAUUAAUGACAUUUAUUAGUAGCUUAUCAGCUUUAUUUAUGAUGCCACUACUCCUUUUCAUCUAUGGACGAUUCUUUAUUGAUGUGAAUAAAAUACAAAUACCCUAUUUAAAUAUUAUAUUUCAACUAUUACAAGUAGCUAUACCAGCAUUGCUGGGUUUAGGCUUACGUAUAUGGAAACCACAAUUAGCUAUAUGUUGUACAAAAUUAACACGUCCAUUAUUUUAUUUAUUUAUAUUAUUCUUUUUAACUAUUGGUAUUUAUAUUAAUUGGUCAUUGUUACGUUUAUUAGGAGUUUAUCCAUUACUACUAGCUACAUGUGCAUUAUUACCAUGGGUUGGUUUUACUAUAGCUGCUCUAUUUACAUGGUCUGUAAGACAACCACGUAAAUUAAUUAUCACUGUGGCAUUAGAAACUGGUAUACAAAAUAUUGGUGUUGGUAUAUUAGUGUUAUUAUAUACAAUGCCUGAACCAAUUGGUGAAUUAGGUGCUAUUAUGCCAAUCACUGUUGCAAUGUUAACACCAAUCCCCUUGUAUCUGAUUUUUCUAAGUUUAAUUAUUAAACGUAAAUGUUGUAAUGGUCAACAAUCAGAACAGUCGGUAAUUAAAGAUCCAUGUGAAAUUGAACCUCUUAAUAAGGAUGUAAAAAAUGUAAGCGAUCAUUUCAUUGAUCCAUCAUCAUUGAAUGAUACGAAGGGAUCAUUGAAAAAAAUAACAACACCUUCUGCUACCACUGUCGUCUCCUAUCCUCCUCAACCAACGUCAACCUCCCCCCAGUCAGUCUUAUGUAAAUAAAUGAUAUAUACAAGUUGAUGAUGCAUAUCACUUUUUUUUCCUACGUUACUUUCUACCUAUAAAUUUUGUAAAUGUAAAACUCUUGUAUUUUAAUGUGGUCAUGCUUCCAAACCAAUGCACAAUUUGUUAUGAUUUUGACUUGAUUUAUCAUCAAGUACAGUAUCCUUCCUUUUAUUCUUAUAUUCCCCCUGUUCAUUUUUGUCAAUCUGUAGUAAUAGAGUAUCUUUGUAAUCAGGUAUAAAAUGCGGCGGCGGGGUCUGGGGGCGGGGAGGGUUUCUGUUUUUUUUUGUUGUUUGUCCCCUGGGCACCAAUGAUUUCUAAUAUUUUUUAUUUUUACUGGUAGUUUUCUAUGAUUACUUGCUUCGCCUUUUAGUUUUUCUUUUUGUGAGAUGAAAAAACAGUUUUGGCCCCCUGUUUCCUGUUGUGUGUGUGUGUCUGUGUGUAAAAUAAGAUUUUUAUUUUAGUUAAGAUUAAUAAACAGAAAUAUGUUAUAACAAGGGAA